AUGGGCGAUACUACUACGAUGUCAACGGUACCCACGAGUUCGACAGCGACACCCGCUUCUGAUCUCUCCAUCAUACCCUCCAAUCUUCCUGAAGAAUCCCCUCUUCGACUCCCCGAAACAAUUGGUGCCGUCAUCGAGGUCCGCACUUCUCCAAAAGGUGGCCUGGGUAUAUUCGCCCUUUGUACUAUACCAACCAACGUUCUCCUCCUAAGCGAACAACCUCUUGUUAUUCUCACCGACACAGGAACACGCACUGAUCCCCUUGACGACCUCGUAUCUGGCUUAUCUCCUUCUCGCAAAUCUGCGUUCCUGUCCCUACAUGCUUAUCAAGCAAAUCCUCGAGAAUCCAGGAAUAGAAGCAUUUUAUAUAGUAAUGGAUUUGGAGUGGGUAAAGUGGAGAACCUGUCAACGGGCAUUUUCGAAACGGCUAGUAGAUUUAAUCAUGCCUGUACACCGAGUGCAGAGUAUAGAUGGGAGGUGGAUGUGGAUGGGGUAGGAAGAAUGAAAUACUUUAGCAGGAGAGUCAUUGAGGCGGGAGAGGAAAUUACUGUAGAUUAUGGUCAUGGGGUCAUGGGAUUGAAGAGGUUUUACGGGUUUGAGUGUGAUUGUGGGAAAUGUAGAGGGGUGGUGACACGGGGCGGGGAAGGAAUGGCGGAAGGAAAUGAUGUGGAAAUUUUGGGGGAGGCGGAACUCGAAGGGGUCGUGGAGUUAGGCUGA